GGCUCUUUCUGAGACAGUACUCAUUUUCUUAUAUACGUCCUAGCAGCUAUACUUAAAUCAUUCAUUUUCUUAUCUUUUCUUGGGCUUUUAUAAACAAAUUGCUCUUAAUCACUUUACUGAAUCAAUUUGUGAAGUGGGGAAGUUUUUCGACUGUAUACGAGCUGAAAGAAAUAGGAAAGAGUGCCAUGGAAGAGAUUGUGUCGUCGUCUUCUUCUUCUUUUCCGAUGUCUUUUGGUUUAGAAGCUUGUCCUACUCUUCAACAACGGCUUCAAUUCAUAGUUCAAAGUCGUCCUGAGUGGUGGGUCUAUUCCAUCUUCUGGCAACCUUCGAAAGAUGUUAAUGGCCGCCUUGUUUUAUCUUGGGGCGAUGGUUGUUUCCGUGGCAGCAAGGAUUUCGCAACCAAGGGGACGAACAAACAAGGGCAUGAGCUUAAGUUUGGGUUCAAUUUGGAGAGAAAGAAGACGAUUAGAGAAGUCCAAGUUCAUUUCAAUGAAGAUAUGGAAUUAGAUAGAAUGGUUGCUGGAGAUGUCACUGAUUACGAAUGGUAUUACACGGUAUCUGUAACUAGAUCAUUUGGUAUUGGCGAUGGUGUUCUUGGAAGGGCUUUUGGGUCCGGAGAUUUUGUGUGGUUGACUGGCGAUCAUGAGCUACAAUUGUAUGAAUGUGAAAGGGUUAAAGAAGCUCGUAUGCAUGGGAUUCAAACUUUGGUUUGUAUUUCAACUUCAUGUGGCGUUGUUGAAUUGGGGUCCUCAGAUAUGAUCAAAGAAGAUUGGGGCAUAGUGCAGCUUGCUAAAUCCCUUUUUGGACCUGACAUUGCUAGCCUUCUCUCAAAACAAGCAAACCCUGAUGGCCAGGUUCAAAUCCCUAACAGAAGUGUGCCUCUUCUAGAUAUUGGAAUGUUUUCAGGUACAACUACACAAAAAGAUUGGAGUACUCUUGAUGAAAAGCAACGUGGAGCAGGCGACAUGAAGAAAGAGCUAGCUGGUUUAGGGCGAUCGUCUUCUGAUUCGGGUCCUUCUGAUUCAGAUGGAAACUUCGUUUCUGCAAAUACUGAAAGCGCUAGGAUGAUCAAGAAAAGAGGAAGAAAGCCAGCAAGUGAAAGAGAGUCUCCAUUAAAUCAUGUGGAAGCAGAAAGGCAGCGUCGUGAGAGACUUAACCAUAGAUUUUAUGCACUUCGUUCUGUGGUUCCAAAUGUGUCAAAAAUGGACAAAGCGUCUCUUCUUGCCGAUGCUGUCGCAUAUAUCAAAGAGCUCAAGGCCAAAAUUGAUGAAUUAGAAAUCAAACUUCAGGAACAGGCAAGAAAACCAAAGGCUUAUACAAUGAACAUCUUUGACAAUCAAAGUACAACCUCCACAAUCGAGCAUCAUAUGAGGCCCGCCUCAAGUCAUUGUGUUACAACAAUGGAUGUUGAUGUGAAGAUUGUAGGUUCAGAAGCCAUGAUUCGUGUUCAAUGCCCAGAUAUUAAUUACCCAUCUGCAAAAUUAAUGGAUGUACUUAGAGACCUUGAGUUUCAAGUUCACCAUGCCAGUGUAUCAAGUGUGAGAGAGAUGAUGCUGCAAGAUGUUGUGGUCAGAAUCCCAGAAGGGUUCGUCAGUGAAGAGUUCAUUAGAACUGCCAUAUUUCAGAGAAUGCAAAACUAGCCAGCUAGGUCACAAUCUCAACUGGGAUUUUCCAGCUGACUAAUACCACCAUAGCAUCUUUUCAUUUUUAGUUUCUUAUUAUUAAUAAUUUUCUCUUGUCUUUCAUGUAAUUUUGAAAACCUUGCUCUUGACUUAUAUAUGUCAAUGAUGUUUAAAUUAA